AUGCAAUUUGAGCUCGUAAGGCUCAUAAUUUUGCUUAAAAAGCCUCAGUCUGCGGCAUGGCAUCAAGCCCAUGGCGCGCGACGCGCUAUGGACGCGUUGGUGUCGCGCGCGCGUCGGAUCGGUCCGUUGCGAUCGUUGUCCGACCCGUUGCUGCUCUCGCUCUUCUCCAAUUCCGACUGCAUACCCGAUAGGGUUCAACAAGGUGUUGUCUUGUUCAAUCAAGGCGAUCGUACAUCAUACUGGUAUUUGCUCUUAGCUGGUGAAGUUCAACUAUUUCUACCUGGUUAUUAUUCGACAUUAGAAUCCAUUCCGCUUUGUUCGCUCUCUGCCGGCUCGCUUUUCGGUGAACUCGACAUCGACCGACAUUGCUGCUCAGCUAUCGUAACCCGGCAAGCCGAAUUUGUACGGAUAUCCCAGCGUCAUUUUGUUAGCCUAUAUAAUAAACACGCAGAUCAUCUACAACCAUUCAUCGUAGUUAUGCAGGAUCUAUUGUCAGAAGAGCAAGCUGCUCCAUCGCAUUUCGCCGGCAAUCGUUUGCCACCUGAUGGUGGAGUUGUUCAGCCACAAAUCAACGGACGUGUCAAUGGUCUUAGUACUCCUGAGUUACAGUAUCCACGAGAGUAUCUAGAAGGUCCAUCGACAUUUGACGUAUCCGCCAUGCAAAACGAGUUGAAUCAGCUGCCAAAGCAGAUCUCCUACGAUCAGGGCAGCAUUAUCGAAUUCAAUAAUUCCAUUUCAUUCGAAUCGAGAAUUCUCGAAGUUGGAGCACAUCUGAAGCAUGCUAUGCUCACACAAGCUCCACAUCUCGUACGAGAGCGGAUCAUCCAUAAAGUGCCCUAUGCGGAUUGUAUGAUCGGUUGCGAAAUGGUCGAUUGGUUACUGGAUCUAUCAGUUUCAACUGGCGCUCACUCUCCAGCAUUGUCGAGGUUUCAGAUCAGUGGGAUGUGGCAAACUCUGCUAGAACAUAACGUCAUCUGCCAUGUAACAAACGAGCUGCAGUUUGUUGAUAAAAUGGUAUGUUAUCGAUGGGUGGAUGACGGUAGUGGUAGAAGCGAUCGUCGGAUAACAAAUGGAUUGCCUGGAAGAUAUGCGUCUUUGGAUCCGAGACUGAAAGAAGAUCCGCCUAGUCGGGAAGACCUUGCCAAUGCUGUCUUCUUUCUGAGUACAGUUGGACCAGAUGCGCUCUUCCGAAUGAUCCUCAAGAAGCUGCCCCAUGACCGCACUCCAGAAGAAUUGGAAUUGGUCUAUGAAGAACUGCUCCAUGUCAAAGCCCUCUCUCACUUGAGCACGAUGGUAAAGCGUGAACUGGCUACUGUGAUCGGCUACGAACAUCAUACCCAUGCGGGAACCGUCCUAUUCCAUCAAGGAGAACCGGGAAAGAACUGGUACAUCAUACUUCGUGGAAGUGUCGACGUUAGUAUACAUGGGAAGGGAGUGGUGUGCACGCUUCAAGAGGGCGACGAUUUCGGCAAAUUGGCGCUGGUGAACGAUAGUCCGAGAGCGGCUACGAUCACUCUUAGAGAAGAUCAUGCACAAUUUCUCACCGUCGACAAGCACGAUUUCAAUAGGAUCCUCCGAGAUGUCGAGGCGAACACAGUGCGAUUGAAAGAACAUGGACAGGAUGUGCUAGUUCUAGAGAAGAUCAAUCUGCCUCGUGGCGCUGCCAUUGAGGGUGGGCUGGCAAGUAACGGCAAAGGACAAUGCUGCUACUCCGUCAUGGCCGGCUUAGCCGAGAAGAUGCUCGAGUAUGUGCUCGAAACACGGGUCGACGCACAAGAGGAUGGUGCUGAGUUGGAUGUGUUCUUAGAAGAUCUCGUGUUAACCCAUAUCAUCUACCUACCUACCAAUACACUAUGUAACUACCUCAAACACUAUUAUUCACGUUCUGCCGAGCCUCACUCGGAUCCGCUAGUAGCCCUUGAUGAUCUUGAACAUCGUCUAUCAGCGCGAAGACGUGUAGUAACAUUUCUAUGGUUAUGGGUAAAUGCUCUAGGUAUCCAUUAUUUUCUGGACCCAGCAGCAAAUGCUUUUGUGGAGGAACUUUACUGUCAUGUUCUGGAAGAUAAUCGAACAAUACCGGGAAUGGGCCCCAUUCUUGCUCGAAUCUCUGCGCUUCGUGAUCUCAGGGAAGACGCCCAAAGAACUCUGGCUCGACAUCCAGCAGUAGUCCUUGAAUGUGGAGUACUUUCUACCAUGGCUCCGUCGCCGAAUCCUGUCCUUCCGAGUGAUAUCUGUAAUCAAAUCAUUCACCUCUCGGACACGACAUCAUUUGCGCUACCAAUUCGUAUGGACAAGACAGCCGUGGAGAUUUGUGAACUUGUGCGAAGUCGUCUACGGAGUUCACAUGGAGAAGAACUGGCGCUGGUUGAGGUGAAAAGCAGUGGAGAAAAAGUCGUGUUUUACGAUGGUGAUGUUAGCAUUUCUACUAUGCUUUCACUCAACGGCAAGCUAUAUGUGGUCAGCAAAGAUGAGAUCGAUUCACUGGUGCCACAACUCGAUCAAAAUGGUCCCGUAGAGUCUGUUCACGCCUCGGUGAUGGAAUAUGUCGGAAGCCACGAAUUGGCGCAACAGCUUCUCGUUCUGCAUACGCAACUCUUUGAGGCGACAGACGAGAUAGAAUUGGUGACCCAAGUGAUUGGUCGAGAUCAAUUUCCUGGCCGAGUUCCCUCGAACUUGGAUCUUCUAAUGAGAAGAUUUAAUGAAGUACAAUACUGGGCAACAACAGAGGUUUUGCUAGCGCUUCCACAAAAACGGGUCAAUACAUUGAGGAAGUUUAUCAAAAUUGCCAUGUAUGCAAAAGAAAACCGUGAUCUUAUGACUCUAUUCGCCAUCACUUUGGGUUUGAGUAACAUUGCUGUGAGUCGGCUGACGCAUUUAUGGGAGCGGCUUCCUGCCAAGCUUCGACGGCAGUUCGCUGAGUUCGAAUCACUGUUGGAUCCUUCCAGAAAUCAUAGGCCAUAUCGAGCUCUUGUGGCAAAGAUGUCACCACCACUAAUUCCAUUCGUUCCACUCCUACUCAAGGACUUGACAUUCAUCCACGAAGGCAAUAAAACCUACUACAAUGGUCUCGUGAAUUUCGAGAAGAUGCAUAUGAUUGCAAAUAUUUUGAGGAGUUUCCGGCAAUGCAAAUCGAGAUAUUCAAUUCCCCAAAUGGAGCAGAAGAAAAUCUACGAGACGCAAAAUUUCAUCCGAAACUUUCGAGUUGUGGAUAACCAACGUCGAUUGAUGGAAUUGUCAUACCAGAUCGAGCCACGACGGAGAAGAAACUAAAAAUUGUGGCAGAACUACUUACACACUAACGGG